ACUCAAGCAGUCAGUCACUUGAAUGAGUUUUGAGGGAUUUUUUUUUUCUUCACUGGAAUAUAAAUGAUUAACUCUUAAUUGUUCUCUGUGUUGUGAACUACAGAUUGGGAAGUUCCAUGGCAAUGAAGUUUUAUCUCAAGCCUAUACUGCUGCUUGAUUCACUGAACAUUUUGCACCUACAUCUCUCAGGGUGCUUAGCCCCAGGCUCAAACUUCAGGUGUAGUCUGGUAAAUUAUGUGACUGGGUCCAAUAACCUGUGCCAUGGUUAAUUUUCCAGUUCUGAAAUGGUAAACACAAAAGAUUUGGAUUUCAAAGACCUCUCAAUAUGGGCACACAAAAUCCCCUGUAGUUACCUGUUGCCAGGUAUAAUGCAUCACUUGAGUCCAUGUAUUCAAAAUUCACAGUAAGUUUUCAUAUAAAAACAUCUGCAAGAAGAUGGUGUUGGCCUGUAUUCACCUGAAGGCAGAGAAGUGUUGCUGGAAAGACAAAUCUUCAGUUGCUAGACUGGGCAAACAGGGAAGUCACAUAUAGCUGUGAACUCCCAUGUCAUACUGAGUAAUUAUCUAGUGAACAACAUGUCAUCAAACAUGAGUUUACAGCCUAUGGACAGAUGUACCUAUCAUGGGUGGGGACAAAGGAAACUCACAUCAGUAGCUAUUAGUGCUGGGACUAUGCCUAGAAACAAACCCCAUUCCUGUUUCAGGAUUGCAUUGUCUAGGCAGCUGUCAAGAGAAGAAAGAAGUCCUAGGCUAAAUAACAGCAUGGGGCUAAAAGAAGGUCAGGAAGUAAUAAAUGUGGCAGUACCUGCAGGCUUCUUAAAGUGAAUGUGAAGAGGAUCUGUGUGUCAUAAAUCCCAACUGGAGCAGCUGCUGGUGAGCAAGCUCAGGCAGAGGGAAAGAGCAUGACUGUGUCUGACAGCAGUGACACCUGCCUGGCAGGUCACUGGUGGUGAGCAGUGACCAGAAGGAGCUGAAUGAGCAUCCUCUGAAUGACAGCUGUCCUGACAUGGUGUCCUUGGAAGGAGGGAGAAAAUGAUACACGCCCGGCUGUCUUGUGCCAUGACCUUCAUUGCUGUGCUCUUUCCCUGUGCUGGCAGUGCCAGUUCUCAAAUUCCCUGCUGAGCAGCGUAUACAUGGAUAGUCUUGAAGGUGAUGACUUUUUAUCCUCCUUUUUUUUUAGUAUUUCUUUUUUUUGCCUGUUUUUUCUUUGUCUUUUGUUCUGUAGUCUUCUCUUUUUUUUUAUCUCAUCUUUUUUUUUUUUUUCCUUUGCUUUAGAGGUUGUAUGUAUUUGUCUCUCUACUCAAACAUUUCAGUAGGUAUCACAGGGAGUCUGUGAAUUUGGAAAAAUUACCUAUUGGAAAUCAUUGAAACUCCCUUCCUCAGGAAGCAAACUUUCCUUCUGUAGCCUGAUGAUUUUUUUCCUUAAUACAGCCCUAAAUUUUUAGAUGAAAUGUGGACAACUUAAUGCAUCUGCUUUUUGGAAAAAUGGAACCACAAGCUGUUCACUUCCUAAGGAAAUAGAGGAAGUUGUGAGCAAUUAAAUUAGUCAUAAUGCAGACUUAAGGCAAGAGUUUGGUGCCUUUUGUUAAGCUGACCUGAGCUUUUAGUCACCUCAGAACUGCAGCUACAGGAAAAAGGAACUGCAGGAUUAAAGUAUCAACCAGCUAGGAGGUCUUUGAGGAAUAAAGUAAGAGCAUAAAUUGCAGCAGAAUAAAGUUAAUUCCCACACCAUUUAGAAGCCAUUAUCUCAGUGGUCAGGGACUAAUUUACUGAUAACUUGUUCAUGCAUUACAGGUGAAGGUGGUUUCUUUUCUUCUGUGUCAUCACAAUCCCCACCUUCAUGUCUCAUCCCAUUCUGUUCCCUGACCUGCUGAUUUGCAGUUCUUUGCACAUGUGAAAAAUCCUUGCAGAGUUUGACAGUAGAAAAUUUGUAGGAUUUUUUUUCUAUUCUGCACAGGUAAGUGGAUCUGUCAUCCCUCAAUGAUGGAUCAUCUGUCUCUCCCAUACUUUUCUAGUUAAAGAAAAACAUAGGAUCUUUAUUAGAACUAGAGAAAUAAAAGCUGAGAUUAAAAAUAACUUUAGGGAAUACAUAUAAGGCAAAUAAAGUUUUUUGCAUCAUUGCCAGUCUCUUUUUAGAUCAUAAUGAAGUCCUAGACAGGCAGAGAGUCUUCUUAAGAAUACAUUUUAAACUAUUAGGAAAAUGCAAAAUAAUGCAGGUCCAUGAGAGGGUUCCUGGGUUCAGAGGAGCAUGGUGCAGGAACUUCCAUGGGUUAAUUAAGAGAAGAUGAACCUCUUUGCUUUAAAUUCUUACUGAAGUUCUCUGCUUCUGUGCAUCUGCUGAAAGAAAAUGCUGAGUCUGACUGUGAUUCAGUAACACACCUUAGAGGUGCAGUACUCUAUCACCCUAUUCUAAAGCAAAUGGGGUAUUUCAAAAUACUUACAGAAAGAAAAAUUGAGAGAAACCCUCUAAUUAAUCAUCAGCUUCCUUCAUAUCUCCUUCUUAAGUGCUUCUUAAAUUAAUCCAGUGCUAUUUAAAUGUAGAUUCUCUCUGUGUCCAAGUCUGGUUUGCCUUUGACAGAGUUGGAGUAUAAAGGUAUGAUGGUCGUGCACAUGGAAUGUUUGACAAGCCUAGUCCAUAAAAAGCCCAUGCUGGCUCUUCCUCAGCUGGCUGACACAGUAAUGGGAAGGAGCCCAGCCUGUCAUUUAACUCAUCAUACCUCUGUUAUUGCUACAUCAGACUUUAUGAGCAGGUUGUUGGUGUACAGGUGUGUCAGAGUACCUAUCACUACAUGUGCCUGUAACACGUUUUUGUCCCAGGCUAGCUAGGGGCAUUGUGCCUCCAGGCAAGAGGAAGUCUGCUCACCUCAUACUGCCUUGUAAGCAGCAACUGGAAGGCCAUGGGGAACAGAAUUUGUUCUGGCUCACACUGCUUUCCUGACCAGACUGCCUGGCUCAGUGCCUGCAGAAGGAAGCAAAGCUGUAUAUUCCCUCUCCCAAGCACAAGACAGGCACAGCGGCUCGGUUGCUACUCCUUUGUAGGUCUCUGGGGAGAGCACACUUCCAGACUUCCUCUUACUCAAAUUACAAGGUUGCCCUUCAUUCCCAAGAGCCAAGAAAAAAGCUCAGUUUACAUGUGGUAAAAAAGAACUUGUAGAAGUUAUUUUUGAAGGGGCAGUAAAAAAAUCAGGAUUUGCAGUGGCUGCCCUUGAUGUUGCUACUGUAUUUGAAACAGCUGGAGCGUAGUCCUCCUCAUCAGACCCAGGGCUUCGUCGUGCACAGUUUAAAUGGGAAGGGAUUCAGACAAUAGGUUCACUUUCUUUGACUUUUCCCAGCUCUUUGGAGACACUAAAAAAGGCAAAGGAGCCAGUUGAGUGUCUGCAGCAGUUCAUCUUCCUCACUGCUGUGCUGUGGGGAUGGCAACAGGUGGGGAGAGAACAUGGGAGCAAAAAGGGUCUUGAGUGAAGCAGUCUUAGUGAGAAGAAAUCACAGGUGCAGGUUACCUGGGAAAACAGUUCUCUGUUAAUAUUGACUCAUAUAUACUUGCACAUAGUUUAAAAAAGAAAAAGAUAAUUCUAUGGCAAUGAAUGAUUAGUUCCUGCUGCUUUUGUAUUAGGAAGUAAUCAAGAAGACCUAGUUUUAUUUCUGGUUCUACCAUAAAAUUCCACUUAUUACUGGGGAAAAAUCUCUUAAAGUUUCAGUUCUCUCCAGAGAGAAAAGUGGGGGUGGGGAGGGAGAGAAAGGUGAUUCAACAGAUUAGGUAUUGGAAAUAAGUUAGAGGUUUUUUCAUCAGUAAAGGACUUUGGGAAUAUUGGUUAAUACUGUGGAGUGCAUUUUACUGUUUCAGCAUUUUCCUGUAUUUGCUCCAUGUGAACAGAAUAUAUUCUUCCUGGGAACCUGACUAGAAUAAAAAAGGAUGAAACUGUUCCUACUUUUGUCUCUGUUUGUGGCCUUUUGCAGCAUCAUUCCUGGGCUCUGGAAAGGCAGUGGGAUGCUUGCCUUUCUGUGCAAGAUGCACAGAUAUCUGCAGUAGAGGAACCAGCAUGUGUGUGGAAAAGACAAAUGAAGCAGCUUUCCAUGCCUUGAAAAUCUGACUCUUUGGUUUGCUAUUUAUAAAGGAUGGAGAGUUUCCAAAUACAAUAUGCUUGGUGAGCCACUGGCAAUAGCAGCUACAAGGCUGGUGGGAGCAGCCUCACACCCAGACACUCCCCUGGCCCGUGGCUGCCCUCUCAUCUGUCCCUCAAGCUACAGGGUAUGGAUUGGGCCCUGCACCCAUGGCUGAUCUGCUGUCCUGCACUUUCCCAAUGCCAAAGGGAAGACAGAAGCAUACCUAAGAAUUCAUAAACCAUGUCAAGUCUGCAGCUAUGAAUUCAGAAGGGCUGGAUGUGGAGGGUUGCUUUCAGGACCAGAAUUAACCUACCAGGUUCCAAGUGGCUGUGAGUUCUAUCAGCAGGAGGUUUGACUGGCUGUAGAGAGACCCAUCCGAAGACUAAUGGAUGUCAUUAUUAGUUACAUUGAGUCUUGUGCUUUGCCUAAAGCUCUCAUUACUGAACCUGUGACUCGUCAUUCUCAUAUCUUGAAAAAGAGCUGAAAAGGAGCUACUGGCUGUCACAGAGGAAGUAUGUCUUCAGUAGCAGUGCCAUUUUACCAGAGGAGGCACAAGCACUUUGAUCAGUCCUACCGCAACAUUCAGACAAGAUAUGUACUUGAGGAAUAUGCAGCAAGAAAGGCUGCUUCCAGGCAGGCUGCUUAUUAUGAAUCGUCUGGCUUGGGCAAAACCACAUGCAGACUCUGUGCCAGGAGGGCACGCACCUUGGCGCAUGAAGCAAUGCAGGAAUCCAGGAAAAGGAGUCAUGAGCAAAAGACUCAUGUAAGUGAUGAGAAAAGAAUCCGUUUUGCCAGUGAGUUGUCUGCUUUGGAAAAAGAGAUUCACACUGCCAGGCACCGUGCUCGAGAACAUCUGGACAGACUUGCUGUGCAAAGAAUGGUAGAAGAAAAUAUGGCUUUGGAAAGACAUAUAAUUGAAGAAAGAAUAAGUCGAGCCCCUGAAAUUCUAGUGCGCCUGAGGUCUCACACCAUCUGGGAAAAGAUGUCUGUGAGCCUUUGCUUUACUGUGCAAGGAUUUCCAACGCCUGUUGUACAAUGGUACAAAAAUGAGGAAUUGAUUUCUCCUGCAAGUGAUCCAACAAAGUACAGAAUUGAAAGCAAAUAUGGAGUACAUGUGUUACAUAUAAACAGAGCUGACUUCGAUGAUUCUGCAACCUAUUCAGCAGUUGCAACAAAUGUCCAUGGUCAGGCAUCAACUAAUUGUGCUGUGAUUGUGCGAAGGUUCAGAGAGGAGGAAGAGCCUCACCCAGCUGCAAUAAUGCCCUUCCACUUGCCCCUGUCAUAUGAUGUUUGCUUCACCCACAUUGAUGUCCAGUUUCUGGAGAAGUUUGGAGUCACUUUUGCAACUGAAGGUGAAACACUGACCUUGAAGUGUUCUAUGUUGAUCACUCCAGAGUUGAAAAGACUACGACCUCGUGCUGAGUGGUACAGAGAUGAUGUGUUGCUAAAGGACUCCAAGUGGACAAAGCUGUAUUUUGGAGAAGGCCAGGCAGCUCUUUCCUUUACUCAUCUGAACAAAGAUGACGAAGGUUUAUACACCCUGCGCAUGGUUUCAAGAGGUGGAAUCAGUGAAUGCAGUGCAUACCUGUUUGUAAGAGAUGCUGAUGCAUUGAUCGCAGGAGCACCAGGGGCACCAAUGGAUGUUAAAUGCCAUGAUGCUAACAGAGACUAUGUUAUUGUUACCUGGAAACCACCGAAUACAACCAGUGAGAGCCCCGUUAUUGGAUAUUUUGUUGACAAAUGUGAAGUAGGUCUGGAAAACUGGGUCCAGUGCAAUGAUGCUCCUGUAAAAGUCUGCAAGUACCCCGUGACAGGUCUUCAAGAGGGACGGUCUUACGUAUUCCGUGUGAGAGCAGUGAACAGCGCUGGCAUUAGCCGGCCCUCUCGAGCCUCGGAACCAGUUGCAGCACUUGACCCCGUUGACCUGGAGAGAACACAAACUGUUCAUGUGGAUGAAGGGCGAAAGAUUGUGAUCAGUAAGGACGACCUUGAAGGAGAUGUUCAGAUUCCAGGCCCUCCCACCAAUGUACAUGCUUCAGAAAUCAGCAAAACAUAUGUUGUACUCAGCUGGGAUCCACCUGUUCCCCGUGGCAGGGAGCCACUGACGUAUUUCAUUGAGAAGUCCAUGGUUGGCAGCGGAAGUUGGCAAAGAGUCAAUGCACAGGUUGCAGUAAAAUCUCCUCGCUAUGCAGUGUUUGACCUUGCAGAAGGAAAACCAUAUGUUUUCCGAGUGUUGUCAGCAAAUAAAAAUGGCAUCAGUGAUCCAUCUGAAAUCACAGAACCUAUUCAACCACAAGAUACUAUUGUUUUACCAUCUGCACCUGGUCAGGUGGUGGCCACAAGGAAUACAAAAACAUCAGUUGUAGUUCAAUGGGAUAAACCAAAACACGAAGAGGAUUUAUAUGGCUACUACAUUGAGUAUUCUGUGGUGGGAUCAAAUCGCUGGGAACCCAGUAACCAUAAACCUAUUAAAUAUAACAGGUUUGUUGUUCAUGGUUUGGAAACUGGAGAGCAAUAUGUCUUCCGUGUGAAAGCUGUGAAUGCUGUAGGAUUGAGUGAAAACUCGCAGGAGUCGGAGGCUGUAACAGUGCAGGCAGCCCUUACUUGUCCUUCAUAUCCUCAUGGUAUCACUCUUCUGAACUGUGACGGGCAUUCAAUGACCCUUGGCUGGAAAGCACCAACAUACAGUGGAGGCUCACCAAUCCUUGGCUAUUAUAUGGAUAAACGGGAAGCUAACCAUCAAAACUGGCAUGAAGUCAAUUCUUCCCUUAUUACCCGGACAAUUUACACGGUAGAGGAUUUGACUGAAGAUGCCUUCUAUGAAUUCAAAGUUGCUGCUGCAAAUCUGGUUGGAAUAGGUCAACCUUCAGAUCCCAGUGAGCAUUUUAAGUGUAAAGCCUGGACUAUGCCAGAACCUGGUCCUGCCUAUGAUCUCAUGAUAUGUGAAAUUAGAAAAACAUCACUAGUUCUUCUGUGGAAAGCUCCUGUGUAUGAAGGCAAAAGCCCCAUUACUGGGUAUUUAGUGGACUAUAAAGAAGUAGAUGCAGAAGACUGGAUCACUGCUAAUGAAAAACCCACUUCAAAGCGCUAUUUUAAGGUCACUGAUUUACAUGAGGGUCAUACCUAUGUUUUCAAAGUUCGUGCAGUGAAUGAUGCUGGGGUAGGCAAGUCAUCUGAAAUAUCUGAACCAGUGCUUGUUGAGGAACGGCCAGGAACAAAAGAAAUCUAUUCAGGUGUGGAUGAUGAGGGUAAUAUUUACCUGGCUUUUGAGUGCAAAGAAGCAACAGAUGCAUCUCAUUUUGCAUGGGGUAAAUCUUAUGAGGAGAUUGAUGAUUCUCAUAAAUUUAAGAUUGAAACAGAAGGAAAUCAUUCUAAGCUGUACUUCAAAAAUCCUGAUAAAUCAGACUUGGGAACUUACUCUAUCUCAGUUAGUGACACAGAUGGGAUUUCGUCCAGCUUCGUUAUGGAUGAUCAAGAGUUUGAACGUUUGAUGGCAUUAAGCUAUGAAAUAAAGAAUCCAACAAUACCACUGAAAUCAGAAUUAGCUUAUGAAGUUCUUGAUAAAGGAGAAGUUCGUUUCUGGAUCCAGGCUGAAAGCUUAUCUCCAGAUUCUACUUUCAGAUUUGUCAUUAAUGACAAAGAAGUCGAAAACAGUGACAGGCAUAAAAUAAAUUGUGACCGUUCAAAUGGCAUUAUAGAAAUGGUGAUGGAAAAGUUUACAAUUGAUAAUGAAGGUACCUACACAGUACAGAUUCAGGAUGGAAAGGCCAAAAACCAGUCCUCAUUAGUUCUCAUUGGAGAUGCAUUCAAGGGAGUAUUGGCUGAGUCUGAGCUCCAACGAAAGGAAUAUCUCAGAAAACAAGGUCCUCACUUCUCUGAGUUUUUGUAUUGGAAUGUUACAGAGGAAUGUGAAGUUUUACUUUCUUGUAAGGUUGCAAACAUAAAGAAGGAAACUGAUUUUAAGUGGUAUAAGGAUGGUUCUGGGGUUGAUGUUGAGGAGCUGCCUGAUCUGCAGAAGGGAGAAUGUCACCUCAGUAUUCCCAAGCUGUCUCGCAAAGAUGAAGGAGUUUAUAAGGCGACACUAUCAGAUGAUAGAGGUCAUGAUGUAUCUUCUCUUGAAUUAGCAGGAAAAGUUUAUGAUGAUAUAAUUCUAGCAUUGAGUGGAAUGAGUGGUAAGUCAGCCUCUCCACUGAAGAUUCUUUGCACUGAGGAAGGAAUAAGGCUCCAGUGUUUCUUGAAAUACUACAAUGAAGAAAUGAAAGUCAGCUGGUGCCACAGGGAAUCUAAGAUUUCUUCUGGUGAAAAGAUGAAGAUUGGAGGUGGAGAAGAUGUUGCCUGGUUGCAGAUAAGUGAACCCACUGAAAAGGAUAAGGGGAAUUACACCUUUGAAAUCUUUGGUAGCAAGGAAUCCUACAAACGCACACUUGAUCUGUCUGGACAAGCUUUUGAUGAGGCAUAUGAAGAGUUCCAGCGACUUAAGGCAGCUGCUUUUGCUGAGAAGAAUCGUGGUAAAGUCAUUGGUGGUUUGCCUGAUGUUGUUACUAUAAUGGAUGGGAAGACACUGAAUCUGACCUGUACUGUAUUUGGAAAUCCUGACCCUGAAGUGGUUUGGUUCAAGAAUGACAAGGCCUUUGAAAUUGAUGAGCACUAUGCAUUUUCACUGGAACAAGGGAAGUACGCCAGUUUAACCAUCAAGGGGGUGACUUCAGAAGAUUCAGGCAAAUACAGCAUCCAUGUCAACAACAAGUAUGGUGGGGAAACAGUGGAUGUCACUGUAAGUGUGUACAGACAUGGUGAAAAAAUGCCUGAAAUUAAGCCUGGUCAACUUGCUAAACCCAGACCAAUACCACCAUCAGAAGAAGUCCUCAAACCUGAGAGCAAAUGAAGAUUCUGUAGCAAGUAAAGUUUCACCCUGUGUUUGACAAACAUAAUAGAAUACAUGAGCUGUAUUUCAGCUAUUGGCACACAAAAUUAAUUGUUAAUGUCCAAAGGAAAACUGAGUUUUUAAAUUUGCUUAGGGAGGUAGCUGUGCUGUGGUGCUGUACACAUCUGCAACAAUCUCAUUUUGAAUGCAUAUAAUAGAGUAGGACUUGCAAACAGUUAAAAGACAAAUUCCUGACAGGGGUUCCCAUAUGAAAUGGCAAGUUUCAAAACCUACAAACCUACAGUAAACUUUCAUUUUCACACGUGUCAACCCUCUGCAAAAAAACUCCGAAGUCCAAGCAACCCAACAGGCCUCUGAGAACAAAUGUCCCAUCAGUAAAGGUAGUGAACUGCUGUUAGAUAGAUAUUCAGAGAUGGUCCUUUUGGCUUUGAAGUCCUUAGUCCUGUAAGUUCAGUGAAUAGUCUUGCUUCAGUAGUGAUACUCUUGUUCUAUCAAUAGUGUGACUUUAGUAGACAUUUGCAAAUGUCCACUCUUUACUGACUGAACCAUAGGUCACAUGGUUGUACUUUGUUUUUCCUGCUUUGUGCUAAUAAAACUUUAAAAGUCACCUUCGCUACUCACUACUCCAAAUCAUGCCUAACUAGUUCUAUUUACUCUUCUUCAUUGUUGAAUUAUUGCUUAUUGCACAAUUUCACAGCUGGUAGCAUGCAGACUAUCAACUUUCAAUAAAGAAUGCAAAUUAUGGUUAAUCACAGUCACUGGGUGGCACUUGCAACAUUAAUUUUACUUUAUACAAUACAGGUCAAGCUUAAACUGGCAACAGAAGAUAUGUACACAAUUCAGUCACCUAAGAUAAUUAUGUCUUUGAUUCUCCUCUCAGUGAAUAGAACAAGGGAACUCCUCCAUGGGUGAAGUGAUGUUCUUCUAGGCAAAAUUUUCAAUACAUUCUUAUUGUGAAACAUUCAAAUAGGAUGGGCGCCAGUUGCUGAUGUAUCCCUCAUACAAUACAUAAUUGAGUGUUUGCGGGGAUGGCUUGUUGGGAUCAAGCUCCCUGUUCAAUAAAAAAAAAACCUAUGUACCCAGAAGAAGUCUUGCUCUUUGUUAUGCAGCUUCCAGCAAAGAGUUCUAAUGGUGAUAGACACUUGUGAUAGACACUGAAGGCAGCUCUCCUCUCUUGUGGCUUCUUGCAGUCUCUAGGAUAAAUGAGAUAAAAAGGGAGCAUUGUGGGAGAUGGGAGCUUGGAAGAGGGGUCACGUGAAGAAAUGGCACUGCAAAAUCUUCACUGAAGAAACUGGAUAAAAGUGUUUGGCUCAAGUAUACAGACUAGAAAUUUGUGCUUGGGGUCACUGCUGAAAGCUGGUGCUGAGUCUCUCACUCUGAGUUUCAGCUUCUGAACUUAAGUGUGGGAAAUAUAGAAACAAUUGUUCUGACUUCUCUCCC